GGCACGUGACGCGAGUGGCGCUGAACAAUAACAACAGUGGCGAUCAGCUGAUGAGAGAAUCAGACUGAACACAGAUUUAAAGUGAAGCAGCGGAGAGCUUCAGUGUGUGUUCACGUCUCAGCUGCAGAACAUGAGUGUCAACGUAGAUCUUUACCGAGAAUGUGUCGCCGGAGACAGAAGAGACGACGAAACGGCUCCUUUAUUAACAAAUGGAUCAGUGCCGACCAGGGCCAAAGGAGCCUCCAUCGUCUCUUCUGUGUUUAACCUGAUGAACGCCAUCAUGGGCAGUGGUAUACUGGGUCUAGCUUAUGCUAUGGCCAGCACAGGCAUAGUUGGUUUCUGUAUUCUGUUGGUACUAGUGUCCAGCCUGGCAGCGUACUCUAUACAUCUCCUGCUGAAGCUAUGUGACCAAACAGGCAUCAAUUCCUAUGAAGAUCUUGGAGGGAAAGCUUUGGGAAAACCAGGAAAAGUUCUGGUGGGAGUUGCGAUUCUCAUCCAAAAUAUUGGUGGUAAGUCAGCCUCGAUUUCACGGCACUUCUACACACAUUAUUUCUGA